GUUUUGGAGAAUCAUGUUAACUCUAGUUUACGUUUAACAGACCGGUGAGCAUUGCAGUGCUCUGGUGGUCUACUAUGGAUAGUCUUACUGCCUACCUGGGCACCUCAAUACCAAAACCCUAGAUUUCUAUUUGUCACUGCUUUGGGAGUAAACGCUGCGUACCAGAUCUCUAUCACAAGCGAUCGUUUGUUCCUUAAGCAAUGGGGCUGAUUAUGCAUGCAGGGUCAAACAACAAGAACGUUUACAAGACAUUAAUUGUGGCAGAAUAUGUUGGUGUUGAGAUCAAAAUGGCUGAAAACUUUCAGAUGGGUGUGUCAAAUAAAACUCCUGAAUUUCUUAAAAUGAACCCUAUUGGAAAGGUCCCUGUUCUUGAGACUCCUGAGGGCCCUAUAUUUGAGAGUAAUGCAAUUGCUCGAUAUGUUGCUCGUUUGAAACCUGGAAAUUCUCUUUUUGGUUCUUCCCCAAUAGAAUAUGGCCAAAUUGAACAGUGGAUCGAGUUUUCUACAUUGGAGCUUGAUGCAAAUAUGAGGGGAUGGGCCUUGCCAAUAUUUGAACAUGCCACCUACAUCAAAUCUGCUGAAGAGAGAUAUAUUGCUGCUGUGAAGAGAGGUCUCGGUGCUUUAAACACACAUCUUGCUUCACAUACAUUCUUGGUUGGUGAUUGUGUUACUUUGGCUGACAUCAUCAUGACAUGCAACUUUGCGAUGUGUUUUAAAUAUUUGUUUACAAAAAGUUUCACAUCUGAGUUUCCUCAUGUUGAGAGGUAUUUCUGGACCAUGGUUAAUCAACCAAAUGUCAGUAAGAUACUUGGAGAAAUCAAACAAGCAGAAGUUCUUCCUCCCAUUCCUUCAGCCAAGAAACCAGAAACCAAACCAAAAUCCGAGCCUAAAAAGGAAGUCAAGAAAGAACAAACCCCCAUGCCCAAGCCUGAAUCCGAAGCUGCCAUAGAGGAGGAAGAGGCACCCAAGCCUAAGGCAAAGAAUCCUCUUGAUUUAUUGCCUCCAAGUCCAAUGGUUUUGGAUGACUGGAAAAGGCUUUACUCUAACACCAAAACUAACUUCCGUGAGGUUGCAAUCAAAGGUUUUUGGGAUAUGUAUGAUCCAGAGGGAUACUCUCUGUGGUUUUGCAACUACAAGUACAAUGAUGAGAACACUGUCUCAUUUGUGACAAUGAAUAAGGUUGGUGGAUUCCUUCAGCGAAUGGAUCUUGCAAGGAAAUAUGCUUUUGGAAAGAUGUUGAUUAUUGGAAACGAGCCUCCAUUCAAGGUCAAGGGUUUGUGGCUUUUCCGUGGGACUGAAAUCCCAAAAUUUGUGAUGGAUGAGUGUUAUGACAUGGAGCUUUACGAGUGGACCAAGGUUGACCUUUCUGACGAGGCACAAAAGGAGCGUGUGAAUCAGAUGAUUGAAGAUUUUGAGCCUUUUGAGGGUGAAACUCUCUUGGACACCAAGUGCUUCAAAUGAAGGGAAAGUGUUGAUAGACAGAUACCUAUCUUGAUCCAUCUGGUAUUGUUUGUGUAAAACAAAGACCAUAAUAUAGUGAUAUGCAAAGUUCAAGGUGUCCCACAAGCAUGUUUGGCAAUUUUUACGACUACAAAAGAUGUGCUAUAUUGUAAUAUCGAUAUAGUAAGCAAAAUGUGAAAUGAAAAGCAACUAGCAACCCAUUUAAUGCUAUGCAUUUCAAGUAAGAAAGCAAAAGGUGAAUGUAAAGCAAGACAUUUUGUUGUAGCCCUAAAAAUACUUUGACGUUAAUGUUACCAAGUGUAGCAUGUGUAAUAUAUAUUAGUCUAUGCGAUUGA